GGCUACAUACAUACCUGGCGGCGAGUCAUUUGGACCUGGCGUAGGUAUACCUCCCCUCCACACUUCCAGAGGCUACCCGGAGCCCUACUACCGUGACGACAGCUAUUCAGCCAACACGGAUACCCCGGCACAAGGCUUCUCUAGUAGCCUACUCGAGAGCGUUCAAAGUGUGCAGUACGGGUCCAACAAUGGCGGCUUCAACGCCCCCCAGACGCCCAGCAACCGCGGCCACCUCAACAUACCCACGGACCGAGCUCACGUCUAUGACUCGCCCGGACCACCCACGGCUACACUACAAAACCCCAUGGUCCAGAGCCACGGCAGCGUCUACCACCGCGCCGAAAGCAACGGCACCACGCCCAUUUCCCCCCACGACCCUGCCAUGCAGUGGCCCGCCGAACGCGUCCAACACUGGCUAGCGAGCAACAACUUUUCACGCGACUGGCAGGAGACAUUCAGGACACUCGGGCUGGAAGGCUCCAAAUUCCUCGACAUUGGGCGUGGUCACGGCAGCAAGGGCAACGUUGCCAUGAUGCACCAGGUCAUUUUCCCUCAGCUGGCCAAGCAAUGCACUGCCAGCGGGACGGGUUGGGACCAGAACAGGGAACGGGACGAAGGUCGCAAGCUUCGUAGGCUUGUGCGCUCCAUUGUGGAGACAGGCGCCGCCAGCAACCCUCGAGCACCACCCCAACGAUCCGAUACGGGCAUGACCAGCGCCGGUACAGAGGGCACUGUCGAAAACUCACCAUACAUAGGCUCUCGUGGCAUGGACUUUGGCUCCACCCCAACCACGGCCGGCAACGGGGAAGAAAGUCCUGGUCGUCAGAUACUCCUACACUCGCCUGUGAGCGGUGCAAUCCCACCCAGGCGCAUCUCUACACAACAUCGCAAUUUCACUGCCCCUGGCCUCGGCACCACCCCAGAUUUCUCGGAAGGGCCCGCGCGCAGUCCCUACUCCAGGGAAGUCCUACAAGGUCUCGAUCCAAAGUCUUACAGAGUCGAUCAAUUCUACUUUUGCAAACACUGGCUCUGGUCCACCUUCAGGCCGAUCGUUUGA